ACUGUUUAGGGAAAUUGUGUCGUGAAAAUUGUUUUGUGUUGUUUCACAAUGAUCUUUGAGGUGAAAAUAAAUCAAAGCUUUCUCAUAUUAAAUAAAUAUGAACACCAUAGCCUACAUUCAUUCAGGUAGAACUAAACUAACCUCCUGAAAGCGAUGGGUUUAAUGACCAAAUAUUGCCUCCUCUUUUUUUCAAAAGUUCAAGAUAUAUACCGAAAUACACAGUGCCGUGUGAAAAUGUUUUUCAGGUGUCAAUAAAGACCCACCCAUGUCAGUAUAGGCUUCAAUCCCUGUAUUGUCGUUGCUCAACCCGGAGCGGUUUGAUCCUCUCGGCUUGCCGUAGCCUUUUGUUUUCUUCCGGUUUCGCGGCAGAAAUAAAACGCAUGUGAAACGUCGGCUGGAAACUACAGUAGGGAAACUGCCAAAGUAUCCACACUGACGCCGAAUCGGAAACGUAAAUCGAUCAACAUUCAUCUACUUAGGUGUUCUGGUCUGGUUAUAAGAACUCCCUGUGCAUUGUAAUGCGCUUAUGCACGUCUCAAGAUGCUGGAGUUAGAUGAAAGCUAGCAACAUUGCUGUGGAGUCAUUUUCUGAUACCGAGAAAGCCGGACAGCGAAUCGACUAAAGAAGGGGAUUUUGAAACAUGACCGAUACAGCCACUGUUGAUGAAGUACUGUCCGGUCAGGACGUGAAUUCAGCGGAGCCUGUUGCAGCGCACAGAUUUGACAGUGAAGGCAGACACAGCGUCAAUGAUAAAGCCAUACACAACGCAUCAGCGCCUGUCAAGCCAGCAUCAGCGCCUGUCAAGACAGCAUCAGCUCAUCCCCAGAAUCGGAAACGAAAGGCAGGCAAGUCGGAAAACGGCAGUGACAAGCAGCAUCAACCAAAAAAGAAGACAUUUCAAUACGGAAACUACAACCAAUAUUAUGGUUACCGAAAUGUAGGUAUUCAAGAUGAUUCACGCUUGAAGUUUUUUAAACGCGAGUGGUUUCAAGGCAAAACCGUGUUGGACAUAGGCUGCAACGCAGGUCAUGUAACGUUGUUCAUUGCAAAGCACUGGAGGCCUGCUAGAAUAGUGGGCAUGGACAUUGACGCUGGCUUGAUCUACACUGCCAGGCAAAAUGUGAAACACUACCUCUCAAAUAUGUCAACCCAAGAGGAAAAUUGUGACCACGACAACACUGCACCAAGCCAGUCUGUGGAAGAUGCUGGACAAGAGAAUGGCUUGAGAAAAAAUGAUGGUGAAGGUGGAGAUAGUACAGUUGAGAUGAGCAUCCCAAACCUAGUUAGUGGAGCAGAGAUGCAUGAGAACCCCUUGGAUGUACCACCUGAAGUUCAUGACGAGACGCAUUCCACAGUCCCCCACACAUCAGAAGGCCCUGUGUCUGCACCAUUGUCCCCCAUCACACCCCCCAAUCCUCCCGGAAACUUCCCUGAAAACAUCUGCUUUGUCAGAGCAAACUACGUCUUGGACAACGACCAGCUCCUGGUCACCCAGAGAGAGGAGUACGACGUGAUCAUGUGCCUGAGUGUCACCAAGUGGAUCCACCUGAACUGGGGCGAUGUGGGGCUCAAGCGGUUCUUUCGCCGCGUCUACAAGCAUCUUCUGCCCGGUGGGAUGUUUGUUCUCGAGCCCCAGCCCUGGAACUCCUACGGCAGGAGAAAGAAACUGACGGACACAAUUUCAAAGCAUUACAAAAGCAUCCAGCUGAUGCCAGAGAGGUUUGCCUCGUACCUGACCUCUGAGGUGGGGUUCAGCAGCUGUGAACUCAUUGGAACGCCCAGGAACUCCUCCCAAGGCUUUGAGAGACCCAUCUAUGUUUUGCGCAAAGGACACACGCCUCCAAAAGAAGUGGCAUGAGAUUUGUGAAAUGUGUAGUCAAACUGAAUGAAAGAAGUUACAUGGUUUCCCAUCUAUACCAAUGCCUGUUAUUUAGUAGUUAUUUCUGUUUGUGGCAUUGUGAUGGACAUUUACAAACAUGUGGCCCUGGCCCUCAACACCCUCAACGGCAAGAGUGAGCUGAAAUGACAUAAUAAUAUUGCUCAAUAGUGCUCAAAGGCUUUUUUCUUCUGUGAGUUAACUGUGCCUGUUUUACACUGAAUGGUUAGAUUUUCACAUGUGAGGAAGAGGGUCAAGAAUGUGAGCAGUAUGUUUUAUAAUACAGAUUGUAUCAGUUCAAUAAAAUAAAUAAAAUGAGAAUGGAAGGAUUUGACUUUUUCCAGUUGUGUUCUCUAACCACAAUAUUUUAAAGCUUUUAAUGUUUUUGAGACAGGUGUUACUGUUUUUUUUAUUAUUCAAGUGUUCAAAUGAGGGAAAUGUAUGCCAAUAUGACAAACCCAUUACUAAUCCAUCACUCAACACAUAUUGUGCUCAAUGCAACAUUUUGACACUAUCAAGAGUUCAGGACAUAUCACUGAAAGAUAUUAGGCAUAAUGAAUGAAAUCAGGUAGACGACAAACAUGUUGCUACUGGAAUAGUAAAAUGCUUGGUUUACUCAGACACCGGUAUUUCUUGCUUUCUGCCCUGCACUUUAGUAUGCAAUUCCUCACAACCAGAUGUGUGCAAAGUACAAGUGGAAGUGCUCCUACUAAUGUAAUUUCAACACAAGUACAUGAUCUUACAUACUGUAAUAUAUAUAUACUUAUACACCAGUUGUACCCAUUGAUUGUAUAUAGAACAAAUAUCUAAUAUAGAGUCAAUCAAUAGUUGUACACAAUGAGGUAGAUACACUGUAAGAGUACUACUUUUACUUCACAUCAGUAGCAAGGAAGUCAAAUGUAUAUCCUUAAAAUUUUCAUUCGACUUGUUAAUUCUGAACAGAUUACAUGAGCAAUUGAGACAAUCGAGUUUGUCUGAAUACAAAUAUUUGCUAUUCCUGUUGCUUCCUGCCCUGCUUACAUGCAAUAGGCCUAUUUUACAUCAUUGAAAUCAGUGGGAGUUCAUAUCCAUCGAAACAGAUCCUUGUGUAAAAGAAAUGUCAUCAUUCUGACCUGAUGACCGAGAUUGAGAUCAA